CGCGGCCAAGGCGGCGGUCGGCAAAAAAACGCCCACGACCUCACUACCCCCGCCCCGGCGGCUAUAUUUGGUAGUUUGGCCGUCACGACUUUACUCUUUAGCAAGGGAUAGAUUUUAUCAAGCGAGAAGUACAACUACCUAAACCUAUCAAUGUGGAUGUGGGAAAAUGGCGGUGCCUUUCUUGAUGUUCUCACUCUUGGUGAGAACCCAACUGAUGUUGAGCUUUAUAUGCAACGAACAGGCCGUAGGUGGACCUUUCAGAAGACGCUAAAUAGCGAAGGUAUUUUUUGAUAUAGAAACAUAGUACUGAAGUUGCCGGUGCAUCUGUUCACUAUUACCGCAUACGCAUUGAGUUGCACUUUCAAGUUCGUCCAUCAUCGUAUAGAAAAAGAAAUUAUGGCGAAAAACAAGAAGUCGAAGAAGGCCAAAUCCGGCCUGACGAUCAAGCCGAACAAUACCGAACAACCGCUGAAGAAGACCGCGAAAGAGAAGCGGGCCCAGGCCACCAUGGAAAUCCAGCAGGCGAAUGACAACUUGAAACAGAAGCAGCAGACGGGCAAAGCCCUUGCCCGCGACGAGGAAAUGACGACCGACACACCGGAGAAACAACUGAAGCGGCAGGUGAUUAAGGCGAUCGUGGACCCAUUGAAGUACGAAAUCGGGAUCUGGGGAGAUCACGCACCGAAACUAAUGCUGCAAGAACGGCAAAAAUCCACUGCAAGAACAGAGAAAAAAUACACAACUCCAAAUCAGCAACACACGACCACGAGCACCUCCGCCCUCGCCAAGCUUCUCUACCCGAUGAAACCGACCGAGUUUUUCGAAAAAUACUUCGAGAAGCGGCCGCUGGUGAUCAAAAGAACCAACUACCACGCUACCAACGCCGGCAAGGAUUUUUACCAAGAGGUCUGCGGAUUGGACUACAACAGAAAGGUUAUCGAGGAAGAGUUGGAAAAGGAAACCGGGAAUCUCAAAUACGGCACGGAAAUCACCCUGGCGAAGUUCGACCGAGCGAACCAGUGCAAGGUGAUCGAGAACGUGAAGGAUGACAACGAAACCGCGACAAAAGACGAAGUGAAAAACGCGAUCGACAAGUUUGGCCUGUCCUGCCAGUGCAUGCACCCCCAGCGGUUCUCCCCCUCCGUCGCGAAGUUCCUGGCCGGGCUGGAAGACGAGUUUGGGUGCUUGUUCGGCUCCAACUCCUACAUCACGCCGGCGAAGAACCACAUCGGUUUCGCGCCGCAUUUCGACGACGUGGAGGUCUGGAUGCUGCAAUUGGAAGGGAAAAAACGCUGGCGGUGUUGGACCCCGGUCGGGAGUGACAUCUUCGCAAGAAACUUUUCGUCUUCUUCUUCUUCGAGUAGUAGUGCUAGCGCAGCAACUUCCUCCAUGUGGUCUUCUGUACAGCAAGAGGACCAGCAAAAAACCAAGUCCUCUUUCACGACAGAGUUUUUCGACACUUUGAACUACUCCGCCUCCCUUCCGCGCGACUACUCCCGCGAUUUCACGGUGGACGAGUGCGAGAAGCGGAUGGCGCUGAGAUUAGACGUGGUGCUCGAGCCGGGCGAUUUACUCUACAUCCCGCGAGGGACGGUCCACUUCGGCGAGUCGAUUGACCAAAAAGACAGUUCCCACCACUUAACCGUCUCGACGUUUCAGAAGCACAGCUACGUGGAUUUUUUGAACGAGUUGCUCCCUACGGCGCUAAAGCACUGCGCGGAGAAGGAUUUUCGCUUCAGACAGGGACUGCCGGUGGAUUUCUACCGGAAAAACGGGUCGAUUCAGGGGGGACCGGAAGCGCGGUUGAAGAAGAAACUGGCGGAGUUACUGGAUUGUGUGAGAGAGAAGAUUUGUGCAGAAGAUACAGAACAAGAAACUCUUGAACAGGGGAGUGCGGUGACAAAAACUUCUGAUGUGAAAGCGGGCAACAAAUUGGUGCAAAACGCGGUCGACCAGAUGGGCAGCGAUUUCGUCGUCCAACGACUGCCGCCGCCGGUUCUUGCUGUUGAAGAAAAAACAGCAAACAAAUCCUCUCAAGAAGAUGAAAGCAAAUUCAGAAAUCCCGACUGCGGUUUCGAGAUCCCGGAGCAGGACGAUACCUUUAUCCGCUUCACGAACAUCGCGAAACGGUCCAUCCGCUGCGCCUUGGAUGUCGACCCCGCGACGAACGAAUUGCAGUGCUUAUUGCUAUUCCCCUUCCGAAAUUUACCCGAAUUGCACAUGCUCGGCGAGGCGAAACUGGCUGAGUACUACCAGGAGCAAGCGGAACUGGAGGGAAACGAGAACGGGCAGGCGGAGCCGAAGGGCAGCGUAUCAUUGGAGGAGAUGUUCUUUCCCGCGUUGCGGAAAUUAAUGCAGGUUUCUAGUGUUGAUGGCGAUAGCACCAGUGCCUCUCCUUGGGUGAAGGUCAGUGAGCUUCCGUUGGAGGAGGGGUGCGACCGGCAGGCCUUGUGUCAGCUACUGAACACACUGGAACUGCUGGAGAUUAAGGACGCCGGGACUGUAGGAGCUGAAGAAGACUGUGAAGAUGCGAAAACCGCGGCGGGAAACAAAAACCAUGAAGUUGAAGAGAUUGUUAUCGACAGUGAUGAAAGCAGUAGCUGUAACGGUGCGGAUGGUAUGGUGGAUGACGAGGAGUCGAUGUCCAUUAUGGAUGAUGAGUUUGACCUGGAGGAAGAAGAUUUGGAGGAGGAAGACUCUGAUGUUGAUAUUGGCGAGGACUAAUGAGGACGGAAUCAAGUGGCACUUGUACUUGUUGCGGCUGUGCAAAUGUUAUUAGAUGGAGCUUUCUUCAAAUUAUUCAUCAACUUCAGCAUGGACAUAGCACGUUAUUACUGUACUAGAAACUAUCUUCACGGACGCGCAGCAUCUCUGAAAUGCAACUGCAUGCAAAGAAAAAGUCUGUGAUUCAAAUCUUAUCACAAUAGUAAUAGACAGGCCGCUGUGGCUUGCAUUUACUUCCUUGUUUCUCUUUCUAUUGCGGGCGAGGCCUCAGAGUUGAUGUAGUGUUCGAAUUAUCAUGUCGUGUUGAAUUUCGUGCCCUGGUCGACUGCUUGUGAAAUCCUUCGCAACUACGAAAGCAAUCGGCUUUCUUCUUGAUUUGUCGUUCUUCUAGUCAGGAGUGUUUUCGGACGGUAAGGAUUUUGCUGACUGUCUUUUCGUAGCUGCGUAGUAGUCAGUCCAACUUUUCUGCAGCAACAGCUGCUGCGACUAACCCAAAGAAAAAUGAAGUACAACCUGUUCCCGAAGCUCGAUUUCUUUGCUUACCUGAAGAAGAUCCACGUCAGUUACCACCCCGGCCGGCCAAAGACCGAAGUCGCGAGGAGACUGAUCAUGCGCAUGACGAGCGAGAACACGAAGAAGAAGUUUCCGAACUUGCAGGCCACGUGGGAACUGCUCGGCUACGACGCACCGUCGACCGUGCAAGUGGAAUUUUUGAACGGAAGGGAAAAGCGGUUUCUCAUUGAGCACUACAGCAGGUACGAGAUGCAGCACAUUGUGGACGAGUGGCAGUAUGACGCGCAUGUGGAGUACAUGAAGGAGAACAAUUUAGAAAAGGCAGAGGACGCCGAUUGAUAAAAGCGAGAAUGAGAUCUUCGAUGUGUCGUAAAAU